AUGUCUCUUAACUUCUUUAAAGGUCACCCAACCGAUUCUCUUCUUCCUACAGAGGCUGUUCUUAAAGCUUCUCAAUCUCUUCUUACACGUACCCGUCCUGAAGAUUCCUGUGAAGAUGACCGCCAUCCUCUUACUUAUGGCUCAGACCCAGGAUCUUUGACUGUUCGUAAACGUUUGGCUUCAUGGUCUGCUCCUGCUUUCCAUGAAACAAAAGACUCUGUUUCUGCAGCAGUCAAAUCUUCAUUAGAACUUUCUAAACUCUCCUCUAUCCUCUCAAACCCAAUUAACCCAAACUCAAUCAACUUAACAAAUGGAGCUUCAUAUGGUGCAAUGAAUGCAUUAUUACAACUCACACUCCCCCAUGGAGGACCCGCUGCACCUACUCGCCGUGCUUUUAUCGUUUCCCCAACUUACUUCCUCAUCAACUCUGUUUUCCUUGACGCUGGAUUUGCUGGGAAACUGACUGCAAUUAAGCAAGAUGCAUCAACAGGUGCUCUUGACUGGGACUUACUUGAAUCUGAGCUCGAGCGUUAUUCCAAACAACCAAUCAAUAAUGAUAAUAAUAAUAAUAAUAAUAAUACUUGUACUCAAAAUCUUUCACCUGAUUCUACAACUGGUGAUGAUUCACGUCCAGUUCCUCGCAAAGUUUAUCAAUUUGUCAUUUACUUAGUCCCCACCUUUUCAAACCCUACAGGUUGUACAAUGUCUCUACCAGAUCGUCUGCGUCUCCUGGCUCUUGCUCGUAAAUAUGAUAUGCUCAUUCUUUGCGAUGAUGUUUACGAUCUGCUUCCAUUUGACUCUUCGGCUGAUAUUCCUCCCCGCAUUGUCACUCUCGAUCGUUGGACUCUUCCUCAAUCCGAUGACGAUACAGCUCUUGGUAACACAAUCUCCAACCUUACAUUUUCAAAACUCUUGGGUCCUGGUCUUCGAGUCGGUUGGCAAGAAACACCAACUCCAGCUCUAGCUCAAAACCAUCUGGCCACAGGCGGAGCCGUCCGUUCCGGUGGAACUCCUGCUCAUUUUGCUACCAUGAUUGUUGGUGAGCUUCUUCGUCUUAAUCUAGUCGACCCCAUCAUUUCAAAUCUCAGAAAAAUAUAUGGUUCCCGUGCUACUGCACUUAAAAAAGCUGUAGCUACUCACUUUUCUCUUGAUAACUCAACUUCACGUCCUCAAGCCCGUCUUUAUGGAGCAGAUGGUGGUUAUUUUGCAUGGCUCGAACUCAUUCCUACUCCAGAAUACACCCGUUUGGGUCUCGAUGCUUCUAAAAUCGCAGCAGCCUGUAGUGCCCAUUCUAACGUCGUCGUGGCUCCUGGUGGUGCUUUCGAGGUCUCUGGCCAGGACCUUGGAUGGAAUAAAAAUUGUUUUAGAAUCUCAGUGUCGUAUCUUUCUGAGUCUCAAAUUGAAAAGGGCAUUGAGGCUUUUGCUAGCAUCGUCGCAAAAUUGCUGACUGGAGAUAUCAAAGUUUAA